CAGGGAGGACUACUGGCCAAACGGUCCCUGGUCCAGCCACUACCCUGGAGCCUUGGGUCUGGACAGUACCAGCCCUGUCCUCCUGCCUCCUCCUCCUCUCAACCAGGCCUCUCUAGAUGACUCCUCCUGGUCCUUCCCCUCCCCGCCCAAACCCAGCGACGCCCUCUUCUGGGAGGGCCAGAGGCAGGGUCUGAGCCAGGGCAGCCCCAUCCACUCCUCCAGGGGUAAUACCCCCAUGAGCCCUAAUGGAGACUGGGCCAAGCCCCCACCCUACUGAGGUGGAGGACUCCCUGGCUCUAAGCCUGCCCUGCCCGRGCAACACCCAACCUGCCUUAAGAUGAGGAGACAACUCCUAUGGACUCUCCAGCCCUGGCGAACUAGCUCCAGGACGAUUCAACGAGCCACAGAACCAAACCACAGGAGAAGAUUCUGAUGGGCUAUCCUCUGACCCGGCCCAGACACACUGAUGACURCCCCUCUCUGGGAAUCAGGUGGCAGAGAAAGGAAGUUUCAUCCAGCGAAGGGAGAAAGAUAAUGGGAGAGUCUGGACAGKCAGAWUAUGACUGUGUUUAAUGUGUGUCUAUACUGGUGUUUACUAGAGCUCAAAGCUGUAGUGAACUAAUCCACAGUCUCGAAUGCUUUUCAAUUUUAGCCCCCUCCCGCUAAUGUGACUUCUUUAACAUGUUCCCCGUUGUCAUGUAUUAUAAAGGUAUAUAGUCCAUC